AUGUCCAAGCAAAAUGGGGUUUCUUCAUCCCUCGCUUCUAUAGAAGCAGCGCCACCAAGCGGAACUGUGACCCCAAGCACUCGUAGUGCGCAGUCGCACCCAUCAGCCUUGUCCAACACAUCGUCGACUCGAACACUACAGACUCCAAACUCCAGUCGAUCCGGUACACCAUCUAGUAGAGUCCAUAUUCCAAAACUUUCGGCAGCCACGACGGAGCUCCUUGCACGGUUCGCCCGUGAUAUCAAAGGACCACGGCAGCAAGUGCUGCCAAGAGAUGAUCAAGCAUAUGUCAGCUGGAAUCCUUCUUCUUCAAACUCGGUUUACAGUAACCAAAGUACCAACUCUCGGAAUAUAGACACAAUGAGGGCUUCUUCAACACUCAUCGAGCUACCAACGGCUCCCUUCGUGUACCCAACCAGGGUGGAGGCGCGAGCUGUGGCCCCAAAUCUUGCGUCUGCGCCUACGCCGUCUUUCAACGGUAUUAAUGGGUCGCCUACCGCACCGAAUGGCUUGACUCAUAUCGCACCGAUGCCAGCGGCAACAUCUUCAACAUUGACACCAACGCCGGCCGGGCCAAAGGUGCCAACCCGCAUGCAGUUAUCGCCAGAGCAUCAACCACAAUCAUCUAACAGCAUUAAUGGAACUCCCGCGAAGAUUUAUGGCCCAGUCAAUAUCGCUCCUAAACCAGUCACAGCACAUCCCGCAUCGACACUGGUACUGGCUGGCCCGCAGAUCCCAGGCCCUACACGGACGUUAUCAGAACAUCAACCACCAUCUUCCACUAGCAUUAAUGGAACUUCAGCGAGACCCCAUGGAUCAAUCAAUAUCAUUCCUAGACCAGCAGCUAUUGAUUCGAUAUCAACACGAACACCGACUGGGCCGCAAGCAGCAGGCCAUCCACGGCUACCGUCAGAACAUCCAUCGCCCGCCGCCCACAUUAACGGGACUCCUGCAAGGGCCCAUGGCUGCUUUAAUAUAAAUCCUGGGCCUGCUGUUUCUGGUUCAGCAUUAAUACCGGCAUCAGCUAGCCCGCGAGCUCCUGUAGAUAUCCAAACACCGUCAGAACCUCGGCCGCCACCUGCAUCAGCAACAUCGUCAACAGCAUUAGCACCACUAGCGCCAGCUCCCACAACUUCAAAUAUCUCCAAUGGGUCGCUAACAAAGCCCUCAGCGGUUAUACCAGUCAAGGAUACAUCUCAUUCCCGCCAACGACGAAGUGCCGGGAGUAGAAAAAGUGGAUGCAAAAAGCGCAAGCGUGGCCAUGAUAGCGACGGUGAAGAUAUCAUUCGAGCGGCGGACUCUAGCUCGGAUGAAUCAAAUGUUACUCCAAUCGCAACACAAACGAAAUCCGGCCGACAAGUGAACAGACCUUCGCUAUAUGUUCCUUCACCUCUCUCGCCAGCUAUCCCCAGGGAGUCUCAUAAUCUUCAUGGGCCCUCCGACAAAUCCCAAGAGUCCACCAGGCCACGAAAACGGGCGCCCAAAAAGGGGAAGAACACGAAUAUUAUAUGUAUGUAUUGCCAGCGUGGCCAUAGCCCACCGAGCAAUGCUAUUGUAUUCUGCGAUAAAUGCAGUCGUGCGUGGCAUCAACACUGCCAUGAUCCGCCCAUUGAAAAUGAGGUGGUCACGGUGAAGGAAAAGGAAUGGCUCUGUCGAGAAUGCAAGCCUGUGAAGAUUACCAUACUCCAUCCAACUGUUGUCCGGAGCAAUCCAACCCCUAGCUCUGGGCCUCCCGUUCAUCCUCCAUUAGUGAUUCCCAAGACUGAAGUAGGAGGAGAGCAGUUCCCUACGAAUGACCGCCGGCGGUUUUUGUCAACAUUAUCACAUGCGGCACUUGUCGAAUUCCUUCUUGCUAUAUCAGAUAAACACCCGACUAUACCCAUGUUCCCUGAAAACAUGAAAUCAUUGCCGUCGUCAAACUUUGCAUCAUCCCAAGCUGUGACCACAGCAAGUCCUUCUCAAUUUAACGCCUCCAUCUCAGCGAACAAUGCAGGCCCUUCAGCUUCCAUACAGCCCAUAUCAGCUCUUGAGGGAGAGAACAAUGGCCAGCCAAAUACGGAUCCGGCCUCGGAACGCACUCACAGGGGACGUUACCACGAGUCAUCGGACGAGGACUCCGAGUAUGAAUUUCAGGAACACCGUCUCUACCCGCGAGCCGGGAAUGGGGUUCGUCUUUCGAAAAACCAGGAAGACCUCGAUAUUCUACAGGAGGACCCGGCUUGUCCCACGUUCAGCUAUGCAUUGCACAGAGCUCUGCCCACCAUCACGGGGAAUGUGCCUGCUUAA